GUACGAUCGUGGAAGCCAGGCUGACCACGGUAUACAGCAAACCAUUCCCAUCCUAAAUGUGCCCGCAGCGAACCACUUAGUCAUCCAGAAAAGGCUAACCUUUGGAACUUCUGUAUACCAUCGGAGUUCAGGGAACGCAUUUUGUGUACCUACAAAACUGGGACUAGCUUGGCGAAAUGAGAGCAAGGAUUGAAGACGGCGUCGUGUAUUCGCCGUUUCCCACGGUGAAUAUACCAUGCUGUUCAUUUUACGUUGCUGCAAAACAGGCGCUCCUGGAUCAGCCUGAAAAGCUGGCGCUAGCGGACGGUUCCGUCUCCGUGACCCGAAGCGAACUCUUCGUCCUAAUGCAACGCUAUGCAGCGGGCUUCCAGAAGCACGGUGUACAGCCUGGAGACAGAAUCUGCGUCCACCUCGGCAACAAUGUAGCUAACUUUGUAGCCAUGUGGGGGUGCGUCUUCGCCGGCGCAAGUGUCAUGCUUGCGAAAACGUCUCUCACCGCACGCGAGCUGCAUUACCAACUGGCAGACAGCGACAGCACUCACAUUCUCACGGAGGACGCUUUCGCUGAAAAAGUACUGAAGGCGGCAUCUUCUCUAAAGCUGAAGGGAUUCUUUACCACCGGUGUCGCGGAAGGGUUUGUGUCAACGGCCACAUUUCCCGACCUCGACGAGGCUUUGUUUCGUGAGGUUCCGGUCCAAGAUCCAAGAAACUGCGUGCUUGGUAUUUGCUACACAUCUGGCACCACAGGUCUGCCCAAAGGCGCGGUCACCACCCACUAUGGCUUCGUCGCAAAUAUGGCAAUUGCAGGGCCCUGCUUUUCCUGGGACGCCAGCGACGUGGUGCUUAUUGCGGCCCCUAUAACACAUGGCUCCGGCUUCAUAUGUAUCACUUUCGGGGUGUUGCUGGGCGCCACCGUCGUUAUGGCAACGCCAGGCGCCAAUUUGACGCAAAUCGACCGGCUCGUCAACCAGUACAAGGUGACUGCCAUUACUGUUCUACCGGCGCACUUACGGGCUGUUCUAGACGAGAUGAAGAGCACGGGAAACCCGCUCAAGGGCGUUCGCCGCAUCGGCAUCGGAGGUAGCGUGUUUCCAGAAGCCCUCUACAAGGAAGUGCAAUCCGCGUUUGGCGACUUUGAGUGUCUGCUGAACGGAUACGCUCUGACUGAGUCUAUGGGGCUCCUAUGCUCACCGUCCAUUCACGCGGUCACUGGCAUGGACGUUGGAUUCCCAGCUCCGUCUUCGGAAAUUAAGGUUGUCGACACACUGACGCGAAAGAAGCUUGGACCGAACCAGAUUGGAGAGAUUUGCUUUCGCAUUCCGUCCAUAAUCAAGGAAUACUACAAGAGGCCAAAAGAGACAGCCGAGCUCUUCGAUCAGGAAGGCUGGUGCAAGUCAGGAGACGCCGGGUACUAUGAUGAAUUUGGCAGGGUGUACAUUGUACAGCGGCUAAAGGAAAUGAUCAAGUGCAUGGACAAUCAGGUGGUGCCUGGCGAACUCGAGGAGUUGCUCUUUGAAGAGCACUCGGAGUACAUCUCCGAUGUUGUCGUAGUGGGACUGCCACAUCCGAAAUACGGACAGGCACCGGCUGCGGUAGUAGUGCUCAAGCAUCCAAGUAUCAGCGAAGAACAGGCUCACGACAUUGCCCACAAGAUCAAAGCAACCAUUUCAGAUAAUUUGGCUGUGCACAAGCGCCUUUACGGAGGCGUGUUCUUCAUGGAGACACUACCGAAGACUGAAACUGGAAAAGUCAAUAGAAAUUGCCUGGUCGAACAGUGCGCACGUAGCAUGGCGCUUUGAAUUUAUUGUAACGUAAACAUAUGGGCGGCGCAAUAAAAUUUCACCACGUUCGUUUUCACAAAUCUAGCUUUUGGAGGACUUGGGUAGGUUUGCCCACCUGGAAGGUAUGACCACGUAUUUGAAAGAUUUCUUUCAUUGGUUUUCUUUAAUGGUCAGCAUGUUGUUCGAGUCCUUACCAUGAAGCCCAGGCCACAGCCAGUAAUAGUUGCCCUCCCAGGCCUGUUUCCUCAAUAGUUUAGUUUCUAAUUGCGU